CUGCUGCUGUGGCUGGACUUGAUCCAGUACGUCUGAUGAGUGGACAUGCGGCAGCUGGUGGAGGGCAUGACUUGCCUCUCCUAGGCCGUGGCCGAGUGCAUCCAUCGUUUGAGGCUGCGUUGGUGUCUUUUGUGGUGGAGAGGAGCUCACCAGACAACCACCAGUACUCUACUCUACAAAAUUGACAAUGCUCUAGUAUUCUGCUGUUGAAUGUUCUCGCUUCCUAUACCCCUCAGAGGGCUCAUAUGUCUCAGCUGCGUCUUGCUCUUACUCACUUUCCAAGUCUUCGAGUGGACCAUCCGCUCACCUGCACAGCUUCCUUCUUCAGGGGAUGAACCUUCCCAUGCGUAUCACCUCGUGGAAGAUUACAGCGGCUCUAGCUUCUUUGACGGCUUCAACUAUGAAGAUGCGCCAGAUCCAACACACGGCCAUGUUCUCUAUCAGUCUCGCAAAUCUGCACAGGCGAUGAACUUGACGUAUAUCGGAAAUGACGGUAUCGCAUAUCUUCAUACAGAAAGCUAUGCACAAGCUCCGCAAGGUCGACCCUCUAUUCGCAUCAGCACAAAGAGGACAUUCACGAGAGGCUUGUUUGUGUUGGAUUUGUUGCAUAUGCCUGUUGGUUGCGGCACUUGGCCUGCAUUUUGGACAACAGCCGUCAAUGGAUGGCCGAGGAAAGGUGAGAUCGAUAUCCUUGAAGGAGUGAACCUCGAGGUAGACAAUGCAAUGACCUUGCAUACAGGCGCUGGCUGUCGACAGCCAAAAGAACGACAGAUGCGAGGGACGGCAGAGACGAUGAAUUGUGAUGUCAAAGCGGCAGAUCAGUGGCCGAAUCAAGGAUGUGGUGUCAAGACGCAGCGUUCCUUUGGACAUGCACUCAAUGAACGCGGUGGUGCAGUGAUUGUGACGGAGUGGACGUCAAAGACCAUCAAGAUUUGGCAAUUCUUUGACCGUGCUGCCCUUCCUGCUGACUUGGCAAGCACCAGUCCUGACCCGAGUACUUGGGAUGUCUUGCCCGAUGCCCUCUUUCAGGAUUUUGAAUGUCCGAUUGACAAGAUCUUCAGGGAUCACGUUGUCCUCAUCAAUACAAGCUUGUGUGGGGAUUGGGCUGGCAAUACGUACGGCACCUCGACCUGUCCAGGAACAAGCUGCAAUGCCUAUGUGAGUGGCAACCCACAGGCCUUCAAGGAUGCCUACUGGGCCAUUCGCAGUCUUCGCGUCUACCAGAGAUGACACGAACUACAGCAAUAGCAAAUGCAGAAAGGGUUGAAUACUAAUACAUGGCGUUCUUUGGGUAUUCCGUUGAAAUGUUCAUCAUACUAUAUAUAUUGGCUCUUUCACAUCACAACACAU